AUGACAUUCGCCGGCAGACUAGCAAUACUCCCAGGAGGCCUGGGAGGCCUAGGAUCGAGCAUAGGCAAAAAGCUCCACGCACAAGGAGCAAGCCUAGCAAUUCUUUACGCCCCCUUCGAAGCUACAAGGCGCGACGAACUCUUAGAAUCAGGGUACGGGGCUAAGGAAGGCACAAUGGACAACAUCCGCACCUACGAAUGCGACAUAACAUCACCCGACUCAGUCCAAUCCGCCUUCGACUCCCUAUCACAGCAACCAUUCUCCGCAGCAGAGAACCCAUUUCCAAGUAUACUAAUCAACACAGCCGGCUACGUCUCCCUAUCUAAUAUGGAGAUCACACCUCCGUCCGAGACGCUAAAACACCUAACGACCAAUAUCCUUGGUCCGAUGCUGUGCUCGCAGGCGUUCGCAAGGAGUUAUUUCGCGGCAUCUGAGUCUGGACAAUCGGCUUCAUCGAUGGUUCCAGCUCCGCCAGGGAGGAUCAUCAGCAUUUCUUCCCAAGCUGCGCAUGCAGCGUUAUAUCGCCACGGUGCUUAUUGUGCCUCUAAAGCGGGCUUGCUGGGGUUGACGAGGAGUAUGGCUUCGGAGUGGGGAGGGCGGGGCAUCACGGCUAAUACAGUUUCGCCGACUGUUGCUUGGACCGAGUUGGGGAAAAAGGCCUGGGGGGAGGAAACGGUUCGGAAGGCUUUUCUGGAAAAUAUUCCUACGGGCAAGUUUGCUUUGCCGGAGGAGGUUGCUGAUGCGGUUUUGUUUCUUUGUCAGGAUUCUAGUGGGAUGAUUAAUGGGGCGGAUAUUCGGAUUGAUGGUGGGUUCACGAUUCGGUAG